CGGAAGUGCGGUUUGCUCCUGGGUUAGCCCAACCGACCAAAAAACUGCCGCUUCCGCAUUGCUUCCUUGUUUACUUGUUUUGGGGGAAACAUUUCGUUUAGAAGGAGUCCUUCUUUGACGGCAAACUCUCAAAAGACCUUCUCAGGAGCUUUACAUCUGCGCAGAUCCACGCCUGUUCGAGCUGUUUCCAUCGAUACGUUUGAUGGUGAAAGAUUAAUCGGGAGCCACAUUCAUUCCUCUGCUUCGUUCAGUUUGUGUUUGAAUGGCCACAGCUGCAGAGGAGCCACCAGGGCUUCAGAGCCACGCUGCUAAGGUAAAGAACGAGAUUCAACUGGAGCCCGAAAAAAUGUUUCUGCAGAGGGUCCGAGCAUCGGCUUGUCGCAGGCCAUGAAAAAAACCAUUGGCCAUCGUGGAAUUGACCCCACGGGAGAGACGACCUACAAAAAGACGACAUCGUCAGCUCUGAAAGGUGCCAUCCAGUUAGGCAUCACGCACACUGUGGGCAGCCUGAGUCAGAAAGCUGAGCGAGAUGUGCUGCUUCAGGACUUUGAGGUCGUAGAAAGCAUCUUCUUUCCCAGUGAGGGCAGCAACCUGACACCGGCCCACCACUAUGGAGACUUCAGAUUCAAAACAUACGCCCCGGUCGCCUUUCGCUACUUCAGAGAAAUGUUUGGCAUCCGGCCCGAUGACUACAUGUAUUCUCUUUGCAACGAUGCGCUGAUUGAGCUGUCGAACUCGGGGGCCAGUGGAUCUCUGUUCUAUGUCUCUAGUGAUGACGAAUUCAUCAUUAAGACAGUGCAGCACAAAGAGGCAGAGUUUCUACAGAAACUUUUGCCUGGAUACUUUAUGAAUCUGAACCAGAACAAGCGGACCUUAUUACCAAAGUUUUAUGGGCUGUACUGCGUCCAAGCAGCCGGUAAAAACAUUCGAAUUGCGGUCAUGAACAAUUUGCUACCGAAUGCAGUGCGAAUGCACCUCAAGUUUGAUCUGAAGGGCUCGACUUACAAGCGGCGAGCAUCAGCCAAAGAGCGAGACAAGGCAGUGCCCACGUACAAGGACCUGGAUUUUAUUCAGGACAUGUCCGGUGGACUCAUACUGGAGGGGGACAAGUACAGUGCGGUUUGUAAGACCAUCCAGAGAGACUGUUUGCUUUUGCAGAGUUUCAAGAUCAUGGACUACAGCCUUCUCGUGGGAAUUCACAAUGUGGAUCAGGCCUGUCGAGAGCAGGCCAGCGAAGAGGCAGUGGCAGUGGCCGGCGCGGCAGACCAAAGGAAGCCACAAGGUCAGAAGUCCCUCUACAGCACUGCUAUUGAGGCCAUCCAGGCAGAGGCAGGAGGUGUGGGGCCUUCGGAAUCAGAGGACAAGACGGGUGGAAUCCCUGCACAAAACUCCAAAGGCGACAGGCUGCUGGUGUACAUGGGGAUCAUUGACAUUCUGCAGUCCUACAGAUUUGUAAAGAAGCUUGAACAUUCCUGGAAAGCCCUGGUUCAUGAUGGGGACACCGUAUCGGUACACAGGCCGAGUUUCUACGCAGAUCGAUUUCAGAAGUUCAUGUGCAACACAGUCUUUAAGAAGAUGUUGCUGAGGACCUCCCCGUCUAAAAAGCGGCGGAUCAAUGGACCCGUGAAAAAAACAGCUGGCAGUGGGCCGUCGUUGUCAACCCAAAGCAGUGUCAACAACCCCCCCCCUUCUCUGCAACAGCAAAGCAGGGAGGACACAGAGGGAGACAACGUGACGCAUCCAGGUCGCCCUGACCUCCUCCCUCAGACGUUACCACCCAGCAAUGCUUCAAAUGCUUCCAUUUCCUCCUCCCUGGGAAGCUCUGGAUUCGCUACCAAAAGUGAGACUUUGGAAACAUCUUUGUCAGUGGGAGCAGCUGGAAAUGCCACACCUAGCAAGGACCAAGAGAACAGCACCCCCCUCAGAGCUCAGUUCCAGCUCGAAGAAAGCAUCAGCACCGAGGAAACCGCCACACUCAGUGACAUCAUACUCAACACAAGCAAAUGCUCGGUGUAAAGAGGCAACUUCAGACUCGAACUCCAAUAAACCAAAAAAAUUAACUUCGAGGAAAUGGCUCAAAUGAUGUUACCUCCUUGAUUUGAUUGAAGGUACCGUACUAAAGCCGCUUAGUGUGGGAUUUUAAAUGACAUCAGUUCUCGUUUUCUGCCCCUGGAAUCUCAGCAAAGUGUGUAAAAGUAUUGUUGUCCUCUGACACUAGUAAUUGUGGGUACGUUAACAUGGGUCGUGAACACUAUCAAUUUAUCUGUACGAGUGCCUGAAUUCACAAACAAAUAUUGUUCUUGGCCUUGAUUUGCUUGAUUAAGCCAGCCUUCAACAUAGUGUAACAUCAAGAUUUGUCUUUUGUUUGUGAACAAAAUUUCCCUAAUUCAUGCCAUGUUAUGUCUGAUUCCCUGUCUGUUUUUUUCUUUUAAAUGUGUUCCUCUUUGUGUUUACCACAUUACUUUGGAAAAUGUUAAAGAAAACUUUGCCCUGUAAGUCUCUUCUCAACCAAGACUCUGCAUAUGAAAGAUAUAGACUUAGAAACCUCUUUUUUUGUGUGUGUGUCAGAAGCGGCAGAAGCAUUUUUGGCUCUGGGAGUGUUCACUUCAACCUAUUUUGUCAAAAAUGUGUAACUUCUCUGUUUAACUCGUCUUCAGUUACAACCACUCCCACACUGAAUUAGAAUGACUGUUGGAAAUAAUGCCGUAGGAGAUUUCUUGCUUUUGCAUUUCAGGAGAGAAACUGAUUUUUUUAAAACAUAAUUUGUAGUUGGUACCAUCUAGUGGCCAUCAGGGGUAUUGCAAUGCAAGACAUUUCCAUGUUGGCUUCGCCAGCCUGUCUUUUACAUACAGCCUAUGAAACUACCACUCAAGAGUUUUUGAGUUUCUUGUAGGUGUUUGAUUUAGAUACUUUAACACAAAAUAUAAAUCUUGGGAUCACGCCUUUAUUAAACUUUUUUUGUUUGUUUGUUUUGGUGAGAAAUAUCCUUAUUCCUACAUUUACUGUAAAUAUUGGCCAUGAUGCUGGAAAAAGGUGUAACCCUGAGCUAGGAGUUUAAUUAAAUUAAGUUUUCUUAUGGAUAUUUACGACUCCAGAGACUGUGAAUCCCAAAUACUACCUUUAAUCUUCAAGUUGGAACAGUAUUUAAAAAGGUGAAAGUUUUUAAAAAAAUAUAUAUAUAAACACAUCGAAUGCAUAAGGUCAGAUGUGACAGACAGCGGCUGACUAAUGACCCAGACAAACUGUGACUGGUGGCCACAUGUUGGACUGUAUCUUUCCUUUUCUGUUUCACAAGGUUGAGUUUUAACUGAUAUUUUUUUGUAGCGACUCAUGCUACAGACCAAACAUGGAAAGAGGUCUCUCACCACCCAAAUGUCAGGGACCAAACAACAUGCAGAGACCUUUUUGCAAACUGGAACAAUCAUUUUGUUUUUCAUUAUAAUUCUCUCUUAUGUAGAUCAAAUGUUUUUUGUACACUUUAUUUGUGCAUUGUUGCUAGGAUUAGUCAAAAGUUUUUGACCAAUUUUCGUGAAUUUACAAUGUUUUACCAGAGGUUUCUUGCCCUGAGAAAAAUGAGGCUUUAGAGGUAGAUUCUGAUCUGGAUCGCAGAUUUUUUUUAGCUACACCCUUAACAGAGGCAUGCAUUUGCAGAUUUAUCUUUUUCAUGCUAAUGGAAAUAUCAUUACAGUAGCAAAUGUUAGCAGUUUACUCAGAUGUGAUUACUUUUCACAUCUUGUGUGACCUUGUAUAGUGCCUUUUCGCCCUAAAAAGAUAUUACCAUAGCUCUGUGGAGUGGGCUGUCGCAGUCCUGAGGUAAACACUGCCCUUAUGAAAGUUGUGGAGUCAAUUUUACCUUAUAAGUAUGUCCGUCUUGAUACAACUUCUUGAUGAUUUUGGAAGCAGUGUUUGAACAGUGAUAAUUCCAUUAUUUUGUCCCUGCUGUUUAUAUAAGCGAGGCUGGCUUAAAUAAGAAAACAACAGCAGAGUGUACAUAGGAAUCACACGCACAUGUGAUUCAUAACACCUAAACCAAGCAGCUCGAUAUGUGGCUGAUGUCACAGGAAUGCAAGCACAAGUGCUCUCUGGCAGCCUGCCCAAGUUGGAUUUCCUCAUUUUGUUUAUAUGCGUAUUAAGCAUACAAUAUUUUAAAUGAAAUCGCACAAAAAGAGCACGAUGAGGAGUGACGUGCUGCAGCAUCGAAUACGAAGACUUGCUUGAGCUUUUCUGUCUGGGCUCUGACAAGCUGAGGUUUGUAGGUGCAGGAACAACACAGUAAGCAGUCCUGUGCUCUGUUUCUUUCAGCAAGUCACAGUCUUAGCACUAUUUUUCCCUGGUUUGCUGACACUAUGUGAUAUAGCCAUAUAAAGUAGGACUUUUUCUUAGCCUGAUUUAUGUUGGCUUGCCUGCAGCACCUACUGGUCAGUCAUAUUCCCUGUGGGAAGAAGGAUUUUCUCUCCUUUCCUUACAAAAUUCUGCACAUGUGGACCUCGCUUAGGUGUACCUUAACUGUAAUAAACAACAGCCACUUGAACAGGUUUUCAUCGUGUGGGAGAGUUUUCUACAGAGUUAGUUGUAGUGAGGCUUGAUCACUUUGAAUAAGAGUCAUGAGACAGGCCCCAGCUGUCUUACAUUAGCUUGUUUUCUUCAGGAAUACACGGUGAUGGCUGCCUGCUGUGUCAAAAUGGGGGGGGGGGGGAUAAAAGAAACAAACUGGUAGUUAAUUCAAGCCAGUUUCAGAAUUGGUGUUCGGUGUUUUAACCAGACGCACCGGUUGGACCACGCUGACUUCGUCAAGUGUCACAGUUGUUUGAAAUCACAGAAAUGUCUUAGAUAGGAUUUACAUUCUGACAACAAGAAAGAAGUAGGCCAUUUAAAAAGCUGCCUGAUCUAUGCAGCAAAAUCUUUGUUUACUCCGUACGUGUUUGUCUAAAUUAAUAAGCUGUGCAAUAUAUAAAAGGUUUAUUAACAAACAUCCAACCAAGGUGCAUUAUUUGGCAACUCCUUCAUCACUUGUUAAGGGUAUGGAAGCAGUAGCACACGCAGCCUAUGAACCAAACCUGUAAAUAAAGUGAUAUUUAUUGUGAUAUUUAUUGCUUUAGGUUUUUUUUUCCUCUUUUUUUCCCUCCAAAAAUGUCUGUUUUUGGUGGCAUGGGGCUGAUAUUGGGUCGUUCUCUACACAGCACAACACGUUUGUAUCUUAGGCAUUCACCUGUGAGAUUAAAACCUUUGUUUUAUUGUGACUAUUAUUUUUAUCAUUUUAACAACUGUUAAAUCUCUUAUUUCAUUGUGUAUUUGUCUUUCCUGGUCUUCUGACUUGUGCACAUUAGACAGAUACACAUGUCUUUAUGCAACCAUCACAGCAAUGCCUUUUCACUGAUUAUGAGUUUAUUUUUCUGCAUCUUGCUCUUUUUGGGGCUUUCAUGUUUUGUACACAUGUACCUGAAGUCAUUAAAAGAAUUUAAAAAAA